AUGAAAUUUGGGCAUUUGGCUCUCUUUGUCUUCCUCCUUCAUUUGGGGUUGUCGGCCAUUGAACCUGUUACUGCGACUACUAAAAAUCCUGCAGAUUACUUGUCUUUCGAUUACUACCUUAAAACAUGUCCGGAUGCUGAGGGCAUCAUCCAGCAAAAAGUGGGAGCCUGGAUUCAGAAGGAUUUCACCUUGGCUCCUAGCCUCAUUCGUCUGCACUUCCACGACUGUGCUGUUAGGGGAUGCGACGCAUCCAUUUUGUUGAACUUUAAAGGAAGUGAGAGGGCAUCAUAUGUCAGCAGUACUCUGAGAGGUUUCCAAGUGAUUGACGAAAUCAAGGCAGCGCUCGAGAAGAGGUGCCCUAGAACCGUCUCUUGUGCCGACAUUCUCACCGCCGCCGCCAGAGACGCCACUGUCUUUGCCGGAGGUCCGUUCUGGCAAGUCCCAUUCGGGCGCAAAGACGGGAGAAUUUCAAUAGACAAAGAAGCCGAAAGGGUCCCUCAAGGGCAUGAAAAUGUUACCACCCUGAUCAAUUACUUCAAAACUAUAGGUUUAGAUAUUCUUGAUUUGGUCACUCUCUCUGGAGCACACACCAUUGGUAGAGCUUCCUGCUCUACAUUUCUAAACAGGGUCUACAACUUCAACGGAACCAAAAGGCCCGAUCCCUCACUCAAUACCUCUUACUUGAAUCUAUUGAAGAGAAGAUGUAGACGGACGACGGACCUUGUUUACCUCGACGUAAUAACUCCGAGGACGUUCGACACCGUUUACUACACAAAUCUUCAAAAGAAAGUAGGGUUGUUAACGACGGAUCAAGAACUCCAUUCAGAUCAAAGAACAUCUCCCUUUGUGGAAGCAAUGGCAUCUCAACCCUUUCUCUUUCAGAACCAGUUUUUGGUGUCCAUGGUGAAGCUUGGGAACGUCCAAGUUCUCACUAGGAAUGGAGGUGAAGUUCGCAUGAAUUGCAAUUACGUCAAUCAUCGCUGA